AUGUCUGAAAAGGCGCGAGCAAGUGCCUCAAAAGCGGCGGCGCCACGGGCAUUGGUGACUAUUAUCAUCUCCUCUCUUGCAGUUUCUGCGGCCAUUAUUGCGUAUGGAGGGCUACCACUUUUUCGGGGAGAAACGCACGUUUUCCGUAAUAACCAUCUAGAGCAAGAAAGACUUCAGACGGUCCUCCAGCGAUGUGAAACUCUUCGAAUAAAGCCAGACGGUCUAAUGCCCAAUUUUACGGAGACACACACAUCAAAUCGUGUCCACCAUCGAGAAAUAGUCAAGUCUAUCGUGAUUUCAAAUGCCACCAUAUUUACAGGUAUCAAGGAUGGGAAUAUCGUGAGAGGGGAAAUAUUGCUGGAAAACGGUGUAGUGCGGGCCAUUGGACAACACGUUCCGCGAGAUCUCGUUCAAGCUGGUCACGCAUCGGUUGUGGAUGCUCAAGGAGCGUGGGUUACGCCUGGUUUAGGUGUGUCUGUGUUCUUUGGCAAUAUCUUAUCAUUUAAUUUGGGAUCCCUCCACACUUCAAGUUAA